CUUUAGUGUAUAGUAUUGUUUUCAGAAGAAAAUGUAGAACGUGUUUUGUGUCUUUACGUAUAAACUUCACAAUGGCUUGGUUUGAUGUAGCAGCUAAAAAAUUGGGAUUUCCCACCAUUGAACUGUUUGUGAAGGCCGGCAGUGAUGGAGAGAGCAUUGGAAACUGUCCUUUUUCUCAAAGAAUCUUCAUGAUCCUCUGGCUGAAGGGAGUUAUAUUCAAUGUCACCACUGUGGACCUUAAAAGAAAACCGGCAGACCUGCAGGAUCUGGCCCCGGGCACACACCCGCCGUUCCUGACCUUCAAUGGAGAGGUGCUGGUGGACGUCAACAAGAUUGAAGAGUUUCUGGAGGACAGACUUGCUCCACCACAAUAUCCAAAGUUGGCAGCAAUGCAUCCAGAAUCAAACACAGCAGGAAUAGAUAUAUUUGCCAAAUUUUCUGCCUACAUCAAAAACCCUCGCAAGGAAGCUAAUGAGGGUUUGGAGAAAGCUCUUGUGAAGUCACUGAAGAGACUAGAUGAUUAUUUACGGACUCCACUUCCAGAUGAAAUAGAUGCCAACAGCACAGAUGAUCUUGGUGUGUCUACUCGCUCUUUUCUGGAUCGACCGGAUCUCACGCUGGCUGACUGCAACCUGCUUCCAAAACUGCACAUCUUGAAGGUUGUGGCCAGAAAGUACAGAGAAUUUGAGAUUCCAGCUGAGAUGACCGGAGUUUGGCGAUAUUUAAUUACAGCUUACCAACAAGAAGAGUUCAUGAACACCUGCCCCGCCGACCGAGAAAUUGAGUUCGCUUACCUGGACGUGGCCAAAAAAAUCUAAUAAUCAUAGAGAUGGUGUUUCAGACCUCACAGACCAGUUUAAAAGUUUAAGUGUUCACAGAAGCCUACAUUCUACAUCUUAUCAUUUUAUACAUACUAUAGAAAGUUUCUUUUAAAAAAUAUAUAUUUUUUAUUUUUACAUGUUACACACAUUUUCCCCUUUUAUGGAUGAGUCAUAUAGCUUUAGGCAUCGGUUCAAAUGAAUCAUUUAAAAGAACAGUGAAAUCUAGAUAUGUAUGUUUAGUUUAAAUUCAUUUUGUUCGUGUGUUUAUUUGUGUGUGUGUGUGUGAGAGAGUGUGUACUUGUACAUCUUUCUUCAUGAGGACCAUUUUGAGUUUUAGACCAGCAGAGUGAGGACUAAGAGAGUAAAGUGAGGACAUUUUGGCCGGUCCUCACUUUCUGAGACCCCUUUAAAGGGCAGUUUGGGGAUCAAGACCUGGUUUUAGGGUUUAGGUUAUAAUCAGGUUUAGGGUAUAAUCAGGUUUAGGGUGAGGGUCAGGUACUCACUUCUGAUGGUUAGGGUGAGGGGCUAGAGAUUGCAUUGUGUCAAUGUAUGUCCUUCCUCAUAAAGAUAGCUGUACAAACGUGUGUGUGUGUGUGUGUGUGUGUGUGCACUCACUGGUGGAGCUGCACUGGGGUUUUAUUCAUCAUGAAUUGAUCCAUUGGCUAAUAUUUUCCUUUCAUUAACAAUGGCAGGACCAAAAAACAGUGACCCAGUAAUGAAGUAUUAUAGCUCUUUUCUUAUCUUUUAACCCUUUGAAUGUCUAAUCUGUCUUCAUGAAUUAUAUUAACAUUCAUAAUGUUCACAAUGGCCUUGACCAAUGAGUUUCUCUCAUUCUAACAAUGAAAUCUGUUGAUACUUUAUCUGUACUAAAUGUAUCUAUUUUUAUAUUUAUUCUGAUUUCAUAAAAUAAUUUGGAUUCUUUUGUUUGGGCCAUAAUGUUUAAUCUUUCAUUUUGUAUAAAAGAAAAACGUUGAUCUUAUAGCAUCACAUACUUAACUAGACUUUUCUUUCUGUCCUCAUGGCUAACAUCAGCCUUGUACGUACUGUAGGACAUUUCCAGUUAAUUGCUGUGUAAUUUAAAAACUUACAGGGCAAAACAUUGACAUGUUCCUUUAUCAUUUGAGUGAGCUUAUUUGUGCACAGAUGUAAUUUAGGUACACGUGUUUAACCUUGAAAAAUGAAGCUCUGAUGAGAAGACUAUAAUUAAACUAAUCAGAAAUCAACAUUAUGUCUUCUCGAUUCCUCAUUUCCGCCAUAACGGAGGCUUGGGAGAAGGAUUUCAUCUUGAUAUUGUGAGUUGCAUUUGUGACUUGACCAAAGACAAAACAAGCACAAAUUAAAUGAAAUAAUUAAAUCUUGGAUUUAUUGACGUUUCCUCUUGAACUUGAGCGACUCUCUUGUAUUCUGAAGACCCUCAUGGAGCAUUCGCCAAAGCAACAGCAUGAACAGUCCUGUAAGUUUAGGCGAUACGAUGUGCACAUCUUGACCCCCUAGUCCACUUAACAUUGGUCAUCACCAUAGUGACCCCCAACCAUGGGGUAUUGAGACCUUGUGCAAACGUUUAGAGUACAACAACACUCAAUAAAAUCUUUUUGGCGUGUG